GGAGCGGCACGCGGGACUCCGGGGAGCUCUCGAUUACGAAGUAACGGCGCAACAGGAACGCUUUACCUCUCUGACUAUAUGACGCUGCGAAAACCAACACUGAAGAAUGGAGCUGCAAAGUGGAUAGAUGACCAGUCUAGCUCCAUGGUAUUACUGUGAGGAAUGCGUCGUCGCAUCUUGUUGUGAAGGACAGGUCCCAAUUGAGGACUUCCUCGCGGGACUGCCUGUGUUAUUUCUAGUGACAUGUAUUCAUAGACUUCAUUUAUCCAACUGACGCGAGGUGCGAUGGCCUCGUUGGCUCAGCCCGAGACGCGAAAGUUCACGCGCGGUCUGAGUAAGCCCGGCACCGCCGCUGAAUUACGCCAGAGCGUCUCCGAGGUGGUGCGCACUUCUGUACUGGUGGUAAAAACGAAGAUGAUUGAGCCGUUGGACUAUGAGAGUGUUCUUGUCCAGAGGAAGACACAGAUACUCAGUGAUGUCCUCAGAGACAUGUUGCAGUUCCCUAUUGAUGACUUUCAGAUCUCCACUUUGAAGCGUCAAGGCAGAACUUUGUACACUUCAGUACCAGCUGGGGCAGAAAAGAGAGCCAGCAGCUUGCUCGUUCAGGAGUGCAUCAAGACCUACAACUCUGACUGGCAUAUGGUGACAUAUAAGUAUGAGGAUUAUUCUGGAGACUUCCGCCAACUUCCAAAUAAAGUUCCUCGACCAGAGAAACUAGCCAGUCAUGUGUUUGAGGUGGAUGAGGAUGCAGAUAAGGAGGAGGAUGCCGCCUCAUUGGGUUCCCAAAGAGGGGGUGUGUCCAAGCACGGCUGGCUGUACAAAGCUAAUAUGAACAGUGCCAUCAGUGUCACCAUGAGGUCUUUUAAGAGAAGGUAUUUCCACUUGACCCAGCUGGGAGAUGGAUCAUACAACCUGAACUUUUACAAAGAUGAGAAAAUAUCAAAAGAACCCAAAGGAACCAUUUUCUUGGACUCCUGCAUGGGUGUCAUCCAGAACAGUAAGGUGCGACGUUUUGCAUUUGAGCUGAAGAUGCAGGAUAAAAGCACGUAUCUUCUGGCCGCAGACAGCGAGGGAGAAAUGGACGACUGGAUCAGCACCCUCAACAAGAUCCUCCACAGCAGCUUUGAGCUCGCCAUGCAGGAGAGGAGAAACGGAGAGCUACAUGAUGACGAUGAGCUGGGCAAGACUGACAUCUUGCCAGGGAAUUUUCAGGACAGUUUCCAGACUGCAAGAGACAUUGAAUCCAAGAUGAGGAGCGAGACCCGUCUCAAACUCUUCACUCUGGACCCUGACACACAGAGACUUGAUUUGUCUGGCAUUGAGCCUGAUGUGAAGCAGUUUGAGGAGAAGUUUGGGAAGCGAGUUUUGGUCAGCUGCAACGAUCUGUCUUUCAACCUGCAGAGCUGUGUAGCAGAGAAUGAGGAGGGGCCUACUACUAAUGUGGAGCCGUUCUUUGUGGUCCUUUCUCUGUUUGACAUGCAGAACAGCCGAAAAAUAUCUGCAGAUUUUCAUGUGGAUCUGAACCAUUCACUGGUCCGAUCCCUGAUCCCACCAACCAGCAUGCAGAUAAAUGGAGGGUUGGACACACCUCAUGGGCAAACACUGCUUAGUGAACUGCCAGAGGGGAUGCUGAAGUACCCUAGAAAAGGUGUCUUCUCUGUGACAUGUCCUCACCCAGACAUCAUCUUGGUGGCACGGAUCGAGAAAGUUCUGCAGGGUGGCAUCACUCACUGCGCUGAGCCCUACAUGAAGAGCUCCGACUCCAGCAAGGUUGCUCAGAAGGUUCUGAAGAAUGCCAAGAUGGCCUGCACCAGACUGGGCCAGUUCAGGAUGCCUUUCGCAUGGGCGGCCCGGCCUGUGUUUAAAGAUGCCUCAGGGACUCUGGAUAAAAGCGCUCGGUUCUCUGCGCUGUACCGGCAGGACAGUAAUAAACUCUCCGAAGAGGAUCUCUUCAAACUGCUGGCGGAUUUCAGGAAACCUGAGAAGAUGGCCAAACUUCCUGUUAUCUUGGGUAACCUGGAUGUGACUAUUGAUAAUGUCCCUCCAGAUAUGGCUAAUUGUGUGACUCCAUCCUACAUCCCAGUGAGGCCUUUUGAGUGUAACAGGCAGAGCGAUGAUGUUCUGUUGGAGGUGGAGGAGUUUGUUCCCUGUAUUGCCAAGUGCUCUCAACCCUUUACCACCUACAACAAUCAUCUCUACGUCUAUCCCAAACACCUCAAAUAUGACAACCAGAAGUCUUUCGCAAAGGCGAGGAACAUUGCUGUGUGUGUGGAAUUCAGAGAGUCGGAUGAAGAGGAUGCACAACCUCUAAAGUGUAUAUAUGGUCGUCCAGGAGGUCCUCUCUUCACCAAACAUGCCUAUGCAGCUGUACUGCACCACCAGCAGAACCCAGAGUUCUAUGAUGAGAUUAAAAUGGAGUUGCCCACACAGCUCCAUGAGAAGCAUCACCUGCUCUUCACUUUUUACCACAUCAGCUGUGACAGCAGCACAAAGAAAAGGGACGUAGUGGAGACUCCAGUUGGUUCUGCCUGGCUCCCUUUGCUUAAAGAUGGUCGUGUAGUUAUGAGUGAGCAGCACAUCUCUGUGGCAUCCAACCUACCAAAUGGUUACCUCAGCUGCCAGGAGGGUGUAAGCAAGCACUCUUGUCCUGAGAUAAAGUGGGUGGAUGGAGGGCGUCCUCUCUUCAGGGUGACCACACAUCUUGUCUCUACCAUCUACACUCAGGAUCAGCACCUGCACAAUUUCUUUCAUCAUUACCAGAGUAUGCAGUCUGGUGCUACCCAUCUGACUGAGGGCGAGCUUGUCAAAUACCUCAAGAGUCUUCAUGCCAUGGAAGGUCAUGUGAUGAUCAAAUUCCUGCCGACUAUUUUAAACCAGCUUGUUUGUGUUCUGACCAGCGCCAGUAAUGAGGAUGUGGCUGUUAACACCACCAGGGUCAUGGUACACAUUGUUGCCCAGUGCCACGAAGAGGGUCUAGAACACUAUCUGAGAUCAUAUGUGAAGUAUGUGUUUAAAACAGAAUCCUACUCAACCAAUAACAGUAAGACAGUGCAUGAAGAGCUAGCCAAAGCCAUGACUUCAAUUUUAAAGCCUUCGACUGACUUUCUAACCAGCAACAAGCUCCUCAAGUAUUCGUGGUAUUUUUUCGAAGCCCUGGUAAAGUCGAUGGCUCAGUACCUGAUGGAGAGUGGCAAGGUGAAGCUAUCCAGGAACCAGCGAUUCACGGCUUCGUUCCACCAUGCUGUGGAGACACUGGUGAACAUGCUGAUGCCCCACAUCACCCAGAAGUACAAAGACAAUCUGGAUGCUGCCCGCAAUGCCAACCACAGCCUGGCCGUCUUCGUAAAGCGCUGUUUUACCUUUAUGGAUCGAGGAUUUGUCUUUAAGCAGAUAAACAAUUACAUUACCUGUUUCGUACCUGGAGAUCCAAAGACGCUGUAUGAGUUUAAGUUUGAGUUUCUGCGGGUGGUGUGUAAUCAUGAGCAUUACGUCCCUCUCAACCUACCCAUGCCUUUUGGGAAGGGCCGAAUUCAGAGGUUUCAAGAUCUGCAGUUGGACUAUUCCCUGACUGAUGAUUUCUGCAGGAAUCACUUUCUAGUGGGUCUGCUGCUAAGAGAGGUGUGUGGUGCCCUUCAGGAGUUUGGCGAGGUCCGCCAGAUUGCCAUUCAAGUGCUAAAGAUUCUGAUGAUCAAACACACAUUUGACGAUCGCUAUGCCUCAAAGAGUCAGCAGGCCAGGUUGGCCACACUCUAUCUACCCUUGUUUGGGUUGCUACAGGAGAACGUUCACAGACUAAACAUGAGAGACACGUCUCACUUUACCACCAACCAGAAUGGGCGAGAUGACCCCAGCAUCUCUAUGGCAACCCCCCAAAAGCCUGUUGGGAACCUUGACAACAGCCUUCAUAAAGAUGUGUUUGGGGUCAUCUCAGGAACUGCGUCUCCUCACACCUCCACACCCAACAUCGGCUCUGUGCGGCAUGCUGACUCCCGAGGUUCUCUGGUCAGCACAGACUCAGGAAACAGCCUGCCAGAGAAGACCAGCUCACUGGAUAAGACCCAGUCAGCCUCUGCUCUGGGCAGCUCUGUGCUGCGCUGUGAUAAAUUGGACAGAGAAGAAAUCAAAAACCUGCUUAUGUGUUUCCUCCAUGUUCUAAAGAGCAUGUCUGAAGAUGCCUUAUUUACAUACUGGAACAAAGCCACAAACAUGGAGCUGAUGGACUUUUUCACUUUAGUAGAAGUGUGUCUGCAUCAGUUCAGGUAUAUGGGGAAGAGAUUCAUUGCCAGAAGCCAGGAGGGGGUAGGGUUUAUGGCUCCGGACAGGAAGUCGUUGACUCUUCCUGUGUCUCGUAACAGAGGGGGCGUCAUGCACACACGCAUACACCAGCUGGGCAGCCUGGAGAAUGCACACACUUUCAACCACAUGUAUUGCCAUGGCGAUGCUGACACGUGUCUUCUGGAAGCUAACGUCUCAACGGAAGUGUGUCUGACUGUGCUGGACACUCUCAGUGUCUUCAUUAUGGGCUUUAAGACGCAGCUGUGUGCUGAUUUGGGUCAUAACCCACUAAUGAAGAAGGUUUUCCAGGUGCACCUCUGUUUCCUCCAGAUCCCACAGUCAGAGACAGCACUGAAACAGGUCUUCACCUCCCUACGUACCUUCAUUUACAAGUUUCCCUGUACGUUUUUUGAUGGGCGUGCGGAUAUGUGUGCCUGCCUGUGUUAUGAGAUCCUGAAGUGCUGUAAUUCCAAACUGAGCUCCAUACGCAGUGAUGCCGCCCACCUGCUCUAUUUCCUCAUGAAAAGUAACUUUGAGUACAACGGCAGGAAGUCUUUCGUCCGUACGCAUUUGCAGGUAGUGAUUGCCGUCAGUCAGCUGAUCGCUGAUGUCAUUGGGAUUGGUGGGACACGGUUCCAGCAGUCACUGUCCAUCAUUAAUAAUUGUGCCAACAGUGAUAAAACUGUGAAGCACACUGCUUUCCCCUCUGACGUAAAAGACCUGACCAAACGGAUCCGCACCGUGCUGAUGGCUACUGAGCAGAUGAAGGAACAUGAAAAAGACCCUGAGAUGCUGGUGGACCUGCAGUACAGCCUGGCCAAAUCUUACACCAGCACCCCCGAGCUGCGCAAAACCUGGCUGGACAGCAUGGCCAAAAUACACGUCAAGAACGGAGACCUGUCUGAGGCAGCGAUGUGUUAUGUGCACGUGGCAGCACUGGUGGCGGAGUACCUGAAGAGGAAAGGAAUGUUCCGGCAGGGCUGCUCGGCAUUCAGUGUGAUCACACCCAAUAUCGAUGAGGAGGCAGCCAUGAUGGAGGAUGUGGGCAUGCAGGACGUUCACUUCAACGAGGAGGUGCUGAUGGAGUUGUUGGAAGCUUGUGCUGAUGGAUUAUGGAAAGCUGAACGUUAUGAACUAAUUUCAGACAUCUACAAACUCAUCAUCCCAAUUUAUGAACAACGUAGAGACUUUGAGAAACUGGCCCACCUGUAUGACACAUUACAUCGGGCCUAUACUAAAGUGAUGGAAGUGAUGCAUUCUGGGAAGAGGCUGCUAGGCACCUUCUUCAGAGUGGCAUUUUUUGGUCAGGGUUUCUUUGAAGAUGAGGAUGGGAAGGAAUAUAUCUAUAAAGAACCCAAGUUUACCCCUCUCUCAGAGAUCUCCCAGCGCCUUCUUAAACUGUACUCGGACAAGUUUGGCCAAGAAAAUGUCAAAAUGAUCCAAGACUCCGGCAGGGUGAACCCUAAAGACCUGGAGGCAAAGUUUGCCUACAUCCAGGUGACGCAUGUGAUGCCAUACCUGGAGGAAAAGGAGCUGGAGGAGAGAAAGACUGACUUUGAGAGGAGCCACAACAUUCGGCGCUUUGUGUUCGAGACACCAUUCACAGAAUCGGGCAAGCGGCAUGGGGGGGUGGAGGAACAGUGCAAACGCAGGACGGUGCUCACCACCACACACUGUUUCCCAUAUGUGAAGAAGCGCAUAGCAGUGAUGUAUCAGCACCACACAGACCUGAGCCCCAUCGAGGUGGCCAUAGACGCGAUGAGCGGGAAGGUGGCAGAACUCAGAGCGCUUUGUGCAACCAGUGAUGUCGACAUGAUCCGCCUUCAGCUCAAACUACAAGGAAGCAUCAGUGUACAGGUCAAUGCUGGACCACUUGCAUAUGCCAGAGCUUUUCUCGAAGACACCUGCACCAAAAAGUACCCAGAUAAUAAAGUGAAACAGCUGAAAGAAGUCUUUAGGCAGUUUGUGGAGGCAUGUGGACAGGCUCUGGCUGUAAAUGAAAGGCUGAUAAAGGAAGAUCAGCAAGAAUAUCAUGACGAGAUGAAAGCCAGUUAUAAAGACCUAGCCAGAGAACUAUCCCACAUAAUGCAUGAACAGAUCUCUGCUGUGGAGGGUGGAACAAAGAGGCCACUUUCUGAUUCGCUGCACAUUUUCAAUGCCAUCAGUGGCACGCCCAGCGGCACCAUCCUGCAUGGCAUGCCUAGCUCCACUUCCACCAUGUGACUUUUCACCCUAGCCUUAAACAUCUGACCCUACCCACAGCCAGAGAGAGAGAAGGACAGACCGAGUGAAAUACAUGCAGAUAUAAAAACAAAAGAACUAGGGAUCACUGGUAUUUCAUUGUCAGCCUCUUCUACUGUUGUAUGUCUAAACCCAAUCACAGAUGUUCACACAGUCCUGAAGGUAUUUCCCAUCGAUUAGCUUCAAUCUCUGGGAUAAAGCAGGUGUGUCCUGUGUUUGGAAAGGCCAAUUACAUGUUACAUUCCCAUGUGGCUCCCUCAAAAAGGACUUUUUGAAAUCUUCUCUCAUCCAUCUAUUCACAUGUUUCCUGUGGAGACUGUUUUUAUUCAUUUAGCAACCAGAAAAAACUUUCUAUCAUAUAUUCUUUCAUGUCAGGAGUUUUUAUGUUUCCUUUUUUAUAUAUAUACCGUAUAUUUUCCCCUUCCUUAAAGGUGAUGUUUGUGUUUUGAUUGAUGUCAAGAUACUUUUUCCUAUCCCAACUUAAAAUGUGAAGACAACUAUAAGUAAGCCAUUUGUAGGUCAAUAAAACCGAAAAGAGUGAACUCUUAUCUAGCCUACGAAGGCAAAAUGCAGUAACUAUGGAAACAGUGAAACUAAGGAAAAUGGCUUCAAAGUUUUGGGUUUUAGUGUGGAUUUUGUAGUUUGCAAUUUUCACACUUCAUUGUCACUGAAUCUGAGCAUAGUUGAGCCAAACCCGACCCACACAAGACAGAUCAUAGUAAAUUUUGACAAAGCAGUAGUCACUGCAUUCUGCACAGAUUGUUUUGUUUGUUCAUCAUUCUCACACUGGAAAUCGACAUGCAGAUUCCGAAUGUUUAUGUACCCUGAAAUCAACCCCACUCUGCUGAAUUACUGACAAGCAUCAUCCCCCAUCAGAUAUGCUUGGAUCAAUUCAAAUGUGGUCUCCCCUUCCUUGUGGUGCUAGACUUGGGUUGACAAGGAUUCUGGUCCCAUGGAAACCAGGAAUAAUUGUGUUCACAUAAACAAUAGCUGGGUUUCCAUUCAACUAAUUUUAUGAGCAUUUUGAAAUUGUGCAUAAGAAAUCCUGAUUGGAAAUGCUUGACAUGUCAAUAAGUUCUUCAAAUUCACUUAAAAUUAAAUGCGCUAAGAGGAGGUGGAUUUUCUAGAGUUUUGCAUUAGUUAAAAUGUGCAUUAAGGUGAUGGAAACAGUUAAUUCGCAAAAUGACCAUUAUGACCAUUUGUGCACUUUUCAUGAGUGUGCAAUAGCUUGAUGUGACUGGCCCAAUGAAAGAUAAGGCCUUGGCACACAAUUGUGCAGUCAAUUUGGUUAACCCUUAGCUGGUCAUUAAAGUGGGUCCUCACAAUUCAGUAGAACAGUUUUGAGUCCAGACGCUCCCAGGUACAUGGAGGCUGGCAUCGUUCAGGCAUUGCAGUCACUUCAGCCCUCAAUAUAUCAGAUACUACCCAUAUUCUGAUGUGUCACCUGGCAGCAUUUUUUAAACAAGGUACAAUUGUUCCAAUCCUGCAAAUAAAACUCACCUGAAGCAAGGUGGUCAUUCAGCUACUCCAUGAUGAUCAAGAUAAUGUGCAUGACGUAGUGGAUGGAAACACACAAUGAUUCGUAUUUUCUUUAGUCUAAUUUUUACAAAUGCACAAAAAUAAAAUGCUAAACAUUCCAAUGGAAACCCAGCUACUGAUGAGCACAAUUCAGUACAUUUUCACUCUAAAAUUAAAUUUUUACUUCACUGACGGUUAGUUUUAGGGUUUAGGGUAGGGAAAAUAAAAUAUGCAUUCCUUUAGACUGUAUUACAUUAUUUACAACUAAUAAUACAACUCACUUUUGGCACAAUUUUUUGGACAUUUCAGCUGGAAAAGGGUCAUUAACACUUCUAGGUUCGGCCAGUGUGGGCAGUAGUUAAAAUUUUGGUAAGCACAAACCGAUUUCAGCAGCAGAACUUUCGACCUCUUGUCGCCAAAUUCACAGUGUGAUCAGACUUAAUCAGGGUCAGCACCUCCAAGACUGAGGCAAUGGUUCUCUGCCGGAAAAGGGUGAAUUGCUCUCUUCAGGUAGGGAGAGAGCAGCUUCCCUAAGUGGAGGAGUUUAAAUAUCUUGGGGUCUUGUUCACGAGUGUGGGAAAGUUGGAGCGUGAGAUCGACAGGCGGUUUGGUGCAGCGUCUGCAGUAAUGCCAGUAAUGUACCAGACCAUUGUGGUGAAGGAGCUGAGCCUGAAGGCAAAGCUCUCAAUUUACCAGUCGGUGUACGUUCCAACCCUCACCUAUGAUCAUUGAGCUUUGUGUAGUGACCAAAAGAAUAAGAUCGCGAACACAGGCGGCCGAAAUGAGCUUUUUCGUAGGGUGUCAGGGCUCACCCUAAGGGAUAGGGUGCGAGGCUCUGACAUCCAAGAGGAGCUCGGAGUAGAAUCGCUGCUCCUCCAUGUUGAAAGGAGCCAGUUGAGGUGGUUCGGGCAUCUGAUUACUGAUUAGGAUGCCUCCUGGAAGUCUUCCUGUGGAGGUGUUUUGGGCAUGUCCAACUGGGAGGAGGCCCAGGGGAAGACCCAGAACACGCUGGAGGGAUUAUAUCUUUCAGCUGGUCUGGGAACGCCUCAGGAUCCCCCAGGAUGAGCUGGAGGAUGUGGCUGGGGAAAAGGAUAUAUGGGCUACUUUGCUUAGUCUGCUGCCACCAUGACCCGGUCCCGGAUAAGCGGUCGAAGAUGGAUGGAUGGAUCAGACUUGUUUAAGAAGCUCAGCCUCACAUAGCAACAUUGGCUCAACCAAUAGUGUCAGUUUGGGGCGGGGCUAUCUGUUUUUUGACCAAUGGCAGAUAGUGGAAUGUUUUGGAAACCUGUUUGGACAGUCUGUUGAUGCUAGUGGUGAAGAAAUUACACAUUUCACCUUGAAGUUCAUUCAAAGUCCCUUUCAAGGCAAGUUAGUCCACUCAGCGGCCAUCUUUGGGAUGCUCCCAGGCAGGCUGGGCACCUGUUUAUAUAUGUAAACAAGUGGCAUAAAAGUACAGCUCCUAACUACUUGAAUGGGGAAAGACUGAAAUCUCCAAAAUGGUUACUCAAGAUUACAAUCAAAGAACAUAUUUAAAAUCAGCAGUAAAAUAUCACUACACUUCAAAUAUUGUUCUUCUUAAGCUCAGUUCACGCUAAAAAAAGUUAUUUUUCCGGCUUGUCUAGCUUAUGCGCAUUCUCAAGUUGAUUGACAGGUGAUGUCUGUAUCUAAAAGGUGAUUGGCUGUUUCACCUGUAAGGCGGGACUUCGUCAUCCUUUGGCCGUUCCAAUUUCUCCCAUUCAUUUGAAUAGAAGUGGCCCAUCUCUGUUAAAUAGUCUCUAGUUCAUUGCCGCUGUUCAUAGAGGGUGGCUGCAACAUCACUUCCUCUGUCCUUUUGAAGUGAUGGUCCAUUGAGCUCUAGCUAAGUGAAUAUAACUGUGCUUUGGGCUAGUAGGAAUUUUGAGCCUUACUUUACAAGACUCCCAUGAUCAACUGAGCCACUCAAGCUUCUGUAACCCACAACUCCACUUCCAUUCUUUCACUUCUGUUUUUUUUUUCUUUCCUGAUGUUAAAAGCCAAGGAACAAGUGCUGUUUCUUUGUAGCAGAGUGCAAUAAUUCUCUUUGUCCUGUUUUAUUUUUUUGUUUCCUGAAGAUCUCUUGCCAAAGUGGGAGGGCUAGAUGUGAAAUACAUAUGGACAAAAGAGGAAUGCAAGGAUUUUUAUAACUGUUUCAUGUUAGUUUAAAUGUAAAUUGUUUUAUAACGGGGGAUUAGAAAAGGGGGAUAUGUUUAUUUAAGAAUGUUACACUUCUGGAAAGAUUAUUAAUGUCCCUAAAAUCUCUGUAUAAAAUAUAUUAUCAUACAUUCGUUUUCUUGUGUUUUUUAAUCAAAGGUAGAAAUUUGAAAAAAUUGUUCCUCUCAUGUUUAUCUUUAUUACUUUGUAAUUUAUUUUUCUUUACCAGCCAAGAUCCUCAUAGAGAUCACUCUAAAUCAAUUAGUUACAAUAUUUAUGGUGUCUUUAAUCUUUGGUUUAUGGCCUACCACAGUGUUGUGCUCACCCUGGAUUAUGAAGACAUUAGGCACUAUUUUGAAAUCAAUUGCCCAUCAUUAAUCCUAUCGUAUAUGAUCACUGCCUCUUUUAAGGCACCCUAUACAUUUAGGCAGAUAUUUCAUACUGGAAGAUGAAUAGAUAAAGUGACUUGGAAAUUACAAUUUUGUUUUUAAAAUGUGUCCUAAAUAAAACUUGCUGAAUAAAACACACACUGUCAUCAUAGCAUAUUGCCCCCUACCCCACCGUUAUCCAUUGUAUUACAGCAGAAUCUCUAAAAGGAUGGGGCAGAUUGUUUAGCCCCUUCUCUCACUCUCUUCCAAUGAGUCAGACAUCUAAACACAGUUCAUCUCAUGUGAGUGUUCAUGACCAGAUUUUGGCCUCAUCUUUAGCUUUUUAGUAAAUUGAGUUAAUGUUAGUCAUUUCAGUAUUGCAUAAUAGCUGAUUAUGUGGUUUGUGAAAGUGUCAUUCACAUCACGCUGACUUAACAGUCAGUAAAUGGCUUAACUGUGUCGGAUCGGGUGUCACUGACAAUGUUGACAUGCAUAUCAUUUUCUGAUUAAGGUCCAUAUUCUGCAUUUAUUCAGAAAAAGACAUUUACAUGCUUAAAAGCUAUUGGGAUAUUUCUGAAUACAGCAUAUUCUGAAUAAACUACAA